AGAAGGACACAACCUCAAAAACAACAAUUGAAGUUAAAGCAGAGCAUCUUGAACAAAGCAGAGAAGAGAGGAGAGGAGAGGAGAGGAAGGCGAAAGUUGAAGACUUUCUUCCUUUGCUAUUACUAAAACAAUCUCUUCUCCCUCUUCUUUGACUUCUUUGAACUUUGAAGGCAAGAAAACUAGUCUCUCUUCUUGUGGGGGGAGUAUAAAGCAAGACUCUGAAAGUUACUUCCUCUCUGUUGUUUUGUGGGUGAUAACUAAAGAAGAGAGAUGUUUGGAUGUAAGUGUGUUUGCUGGGACUGUGUCCCUGAAUUCUUUGACUCUGAUCCACUGCCACCCUUCUCUCUUCCUUCACCUAUUCCUCAGUGGCCACAAGGUGGUGGUUUUGGACGUGGAAGAAUAUGCCUUGGAAAAAUAGAAGUUUUGCAAGUAAACAAGUUUGAGAAAGUUUGGAGAUGCACACACAUGCAUGGGAAACCACAGGGUUUCACAUUUUAUAGACCUUUGGAAAUUCCAGAAGGCUUUUUCUGCCUUGGUCACUACUGCCAGUCUAAUGACCAACCAUUGAGAGGACAUGUUCUUGUGGCUCGUGAAACUACCUCUGAUGCUGAAGUUGAUUGUUCCAAUGGUUGUGUGUUAGAAUCCCCAGCUCUAGAAAAGCCACUUAACUACUCUCUAAUUUGGAGCUUGGACACACACGAUGAUUGUGUUUACUUUUGGUUGCCAAACCCUCCUACAGGUUACAAAGCAAUGGGCAUAGUAGUUACUAGCAAUCCUAAUGAACCUGAAGUUGAAGAAGUUAGAUGUGUGCGAGCUGAUCUGACAGAAACUUGUGAGACUUCUGAUCUAUUAGUAUCUAUAAAGUCAAAAUAUUCAAAAAAUUCAUUACAGGUUUGGAAGACACAACCUUGUGAUAGAGGUAUGUUAGCUAGAGGUGUAUCUGUUGGGACAUUCUUCUGUGGCACCUAUUUUGAUUCUCAACAAGUGGUGGAUAUUGCGUGCUUGAAGAAUCUUGAUCCUUCCUUGCAUGCAAUGCCUAAUCUGAACCAGAUUCAUGCACUUAUUCAGCAUUAUGGUCCCACUGUAUACUUUCAUCCUGAUGAGAAAUACUUACCAUCAUCUGUGCAAUGGUUUUUUAAGAAUGGAGCAGUUUUGUACACAGCAGGUAGUAAGAAGGGUAGAGCUAUAGAUUAUCAGGGCUCAAAUUUACCUAGUGGAGGAACAAAUGAUGGUGCCUUUUGGAUUGAUUUACCUACAGAUCAAGAUGCAAAAGAUCAUCUCAAGAAGGGAAAUAUAGAGAGUGCAGAACUCUAUGUUCAUGUAAAACCAGCAUUGGGAGGAGCCUUUACUGAUAUCGUGAUGUGGGUUUUUUGCCCCUUCAAUGGACCUGCCACCCUUAAAGUGGCAUUGAUGAACAUUGAGAUGAGUAAGAUAGGGGAACACGUAGGUGACUGGGAACACUUCACCCUUAGAAUAAACAACUUCACUGGAGAGCUAUGGUCUGUUUUCUUCUCUCAGCAUAGUGGAGGUGAAUGGGUUAAUGCAUUUGAUCUGGAGUUUCUUAAAGGGAAUAAACCUAUUGUUUAUUCAUCAAAACAUGGCCAUGCUAGCUUCCCUCAUCCUGGGACUUACCUUCAGGGAUCAUCCAAACUUGGAAUAGGAGUACGUAAUGAUGCUGCUAGAAGCAAAUUUGUUGUGGAUUCAAGCAUUAAAUAUGAAAUUGUUGCAGCCGAGUACCUUGGUGAAGGAGUCACCACAGAACCAUGCUGGUUGCAGUAUAUGAGAGAGUGGGGUCCGACAAUUGUAUAUGAUUCACGUUCUGAGAUUGAGAAGAUAAUAGAUCUGCUUCCACUAUUUGUUAGAUUUUCUGUGGAGAACUUAUUUGAAUUAUUUCCCACAGAGCUUUAUGGUGAGGAGGGGCCAACAGGUCCAAAGGAGAAGGAUAAUUGGCUUGGAGAUGAAUAUUGCUAGACGCUAGUUCUUUUUCAUGCUCCCAUCUUUUGCUAUUGCCACUGGCCAUGCCUCGUGAGCACUUGGUCUUAAUACUGUUGCUUUUCAUCACUCAUUUUAACGGGAAAGUAAUCCAAACAGAUAUAGUAGGAUCUUUAUAUCCUGGUAAUAGUAUAGUUUUGUGUGUGUCAUUUUGGGAGAGGGGAAGAAGUGGAGCAAGACAUCAUCAUCAUUAUCCAUUAACUGUAAAGGAGGUGUACCUCAUAUAGUAGCAACUUAUGUUAUUCUAGGUGACGUGUAAAACUAUAGUUCUUCGAUGUUUGAGUCGUUUAAAGGAGUAUGCACAACUCCAUAAAGAAAAAUUAUAGCAAUAUACCCUAAUACAUUCUUUAUUAUUGGUUGAAAUAUUUUGGAAUUCACAAAUGGUAUGAGUCUCACUUCCUAUUUAACGAGUCUUUUAUUAUUUUGUGAUUCUUGAUAAAUUUCAACCAAUAACAAGCGAGUGUUAGAAAGUGCAUGGGAUUCUAGUGUUCCUAUGAACGUGUAUAAGCUAGGAUUCUUGGUUUUACACACAUUUCUGUUCUCUUUGUAAGAUAAUAUUGUUGUCAUUGCAUGGUGGCAAACAUGAAAAUUUUCGCUACUGUUCUAAGUACUGCUGGUCAUUUAGCAUGAUUGUGUGUUAUUCAGUGUGGUUUUAUACUAAUUCACUUGCUCUUGU